AACGCUUGACCAGAAUGGGGGCCUGCUCGGCAAAUCAAGCUGCCACCCCGUUGGCGGCGAGGCUCUACUCUUUGGAGGGAUAUUUGGGUGGGGGCUUUCCGGCCGGAAGCCACUAGAGGAGACACCCGGAAGGCGGAAGUCCUGGGGCGGAAGUGGCCAAGAGGAGCGGAGAAUGGCGGCGGCUGCCUGGGUCUGGCGCUGGGGCUGGGGCCGGCGGUGCCCGGGGAGGCCUGGGCUUCCCGGCCCCGGCCCCGGCCCCAUCACACCUCUGUGUCUUCUCCUGCCGUUGCUGGGGCUCGUGGCUGCGGAUAUAACUGACGGCAACAGCGAACACCUCAAGCGGGAGCACUCGCUCAUCAAGCCCUACCAGGGGGUCGGUUCCAGCUCCAUGCCCCUCUGGGACUUCCAGGGCAGCACCAUGCUCACGAGCCAGUACGUGCGCCUGACCCCCGACGAGCGCAGCAGAGAGGGCUCCAUCUGGAACCACCAGCCCUGCUUCCUCAAGGACUGGGAGAUGCACGUGCACUUCAAGGUCCACGGUGCAGGCAAGAAGAACCUGCACGGUGACGGCAUCGCGCUGUGGUAUGCCAGGGACCGCCUGGUGCCAGGGCCCGUGUUUGGAAGCAAAGACAACUUCCAUGGCCUGGCCAUCUUCCUGGACACAUAUCCCAACGAUGAGACCACGGAGCGUGUGUUCCCGUACAUCUCGGUGAUGGUGAACAACGGCUCCCUGUCCUAUGACCACAGCAAGGACGGCCGCUGGACCGAGCUGGCAGGCUGCACGGCCGACUUCCGUAACCGAGAGCACGACACCUUCCUGGCCGCGCGCUACUCCCGGGGCCGCCUGACGGUGAUGACCGACCUGGAGGACAAGAACGAGUGGAAGAGCUGCAUCGACAUCACUGGGGUGCGCCUGCCCACCGGCUACUACUUCGGUGCCUCGGCUGGCACGGGGGACCUGUCAGACAAUCACGACAUCAUCUCGCUGAAGCUGUUUCAGCUGAUGGUCGAGCACACGCCUGACGAGGAGAACAUCGACUGGACUAAGAUCGAGCCCAGCGUCAACUUCCUCAGGUCGCCCAAAGACAACGUGGAUGACCCGACGGGGAACUUCCGCAGUGGGCCGCUGACGGGCUGGCGCGUGUUCCUGCUGCUGCUGUGCGCGCUGCUGGGCAUCAUCGUGUGCGCCGUGGUGGGCGCCGUGGUCUUCCAGAAGCGGCAGGAGCGGAACAAGCGCUUCUACUGAGCGGCUGUGGCGGGAGGCGGCUGGGGGGCCCGGCCUCGCCCGGCAAGAAUGUGAACUUUUUUUUUUUUUUUUUACUGCGAUUGUCAAAGAAACACAAGAUGACCUUCUUUCUUAACCGUUUCAAAGAAAUAAUUAAAGUAUUUUCGUACAUUUUGCUUCUUGCCCGGCCAGGACAGGCUGCAGGGCUGGGGAAGAAGGGUUUUGGUGGGGGGGCAAGUCUGGGGAGCAAAGCUAUGAACCUAGAAUGGUUGAACACUGGAGACCCCAGACCAGCCAGGUGGGCGCUAAGGACACCAGUGGGUUUGGGUCUGAACCGUGGCCUCCCGCACACCCUCCCAGCUCCGACCAGGAGGGGUCCCCUGGGGGCCCAGAGUGUGACAUGUGCUGAAUAAAGUAAAUGACCAAC